UUGAAGUAAACCUUUAAGCUUAUGUGGAAGUAGGCGUAAAAGAGUGGGGGUACCUAUGGGGCAGGCCCGUUUCAGGGUCCCUAUAGGGUAAACAACAAGAAAUCAGCCAGGAAUAGCCUACACUCACAUAUGGAAAAAUCCACCCUCCUGGGGCUUUCCAGGGAAGAUUGUUUCAGUCUGUGGUCCUGGAGCUCUGACAGUGAGAUAAAGCUGUUCUGCGGUCAGACAAAAGCACAUUGCUUUGGAGAUGUCAAGUGUGCCACCGGCAAUUAGCACCACUCUUGGUGGCCACAAGGAGCCAUAGAUUCCCCAGUGUACCCUCACCCACUCUCUGCUGACGUGCCCAGAUUUAGAGAUUAGCAUCACAUGCUUUUUGGGCCUCACUCUAACCUGGAUGGGAAAUAUGGCCUUUUCUUCCUUGUCUGUCUUAAUUUACUAAACUAAAUGUAACAGCAGUUUCCUUCCUUUAUAAUUAAGGGUUUUAUUGGAAUAUAAAAUAAAACAAGUUACAUACUAUCUUUUGAAUCAGAUCUUAUAUCCCUUGCUACAGUAUUGCACUUAGACCAGCAUGACUGGGAGGAGGUUCACAGAAUGACUGAUGCUAGGCACACCAAAGGGCAAGAAUGCAGCGCUUUGACCCUUUCUGUGCAUCCCAGAAGGUCUGGCAAGAAUGCAGCUCUUUGACCCUUUCUGUGCAUCCCAGAAGGUCUGGCAAGAAUGCAGCUCUUUGACCCUUUCUGUGCAUCCCAGAAGGUCUGGCAAGAAUGCAGCUCUUUGACCCUUUCUGUGCAUCCCAGAAGGUCUGGCAAGAAUGCAGCGCUUUGACCCUUUCUGUGCUUCCCAGAAGGUCUGGCAAGAAUGCAGCUCUUUGACCCUUUCUGUGCAUCCCAGAAGGUCUGGCAAGAAUGCAGCUCUUUGAGCCUUUCUGUGCAUCACAGAAGGUCUGGCAAGAAUGCAGCUCUUUGACCCUUUCUGUGCAUCCCAGAAGGUCUGGCAAGAAUGCAGCGCUUUGACCCUUUCUGUGCAUCACAGAAGGUCUGGCAAGAAUGCAGUGCUUUGACCCUUUCUGUGCAUCCCAGAAGGUCUGGCAAGAAUGCAGUGCUUUGACCCUUUCUGUGCAUCCCAGAAGGUCUGGCAAGAAUGCAGCUCUUUGACCCCUUCUGUGCAUCCCAGAAGGUCUGGUCAGGCUGGGACAAAGAACCUAAGACUCCAGGCCAGCAGGCUGUAUGCUGCUUUUAGGCCUAAAUGUGUGUGUCUUAAUAGCAUAAGGUCAAAUUUAUUAAUUCCAAGGGGAAUGUGUUGACAGUUAUUCUUGAAAAUUAUUGUCAGUUUGAAACAACGUCAAAAAAGUCAACUUGAAUGGAAGAUGAAGCUCUUUAAGUUGUUUAUAUCUGCUACACAACUAAAUCAUAAUAUUAUUAUGAUAUAUUUUUAAAUCCAAACUGAAUUUGUUAUAGUCUAUGACUAGAGUUUAGCAUGGGAUGUGUAAAGGUGGGAACUCUGUAUCUGCAGGACUCAUUAUGGCCAGAGUGGGUGUCUCUUCCGGAUAUACUCUUUUCUGUGACGCUCACUCUCUCUGUCUUCUAUCUACUUUUCUCACCCUUUUUCAGGGCCCUCCUGGACGAGCUGGCUUUCCGGGGGACAAAGGAUCAAUGGGAAUACCUGGAAGACUGGGGGCACCAGGAGAACCAGGCUUGUCCAUCAUUGGCCCACGAGGACCCCCUGGACAGCCAGGAAGCAGAGGUUUUCCAGGAUUCCCUGGUCCAAUUGGGUUAGACGGAAAAGCAGGACAAAGUGGUAUGAAAGGAGAUGCGGGUCCUCGAGGUCCCAAAGGCGUGCCAGGUGAACCAGGCCCCAAGGGAGAAAAGGGUAUAUGUGGAGAGUAUUCACCCAGGAUACUGCCCAUCGGCGUGCGAAAAAUGCCCCCAAUAAGCCCUCUAAACCUAAAGCGCCUCAAGCAGGGCGAGCCUGGGGCUCAGGGCCCGCCUGGACCGCCGGGACCACCGGGAGCGCCGGGGACACCCGGCAUUGCGGGCAUCAACGGAGCCCCGGGAAAGCCUGGGGAGCCGGGUAAGCCAGGCAAAGACCCACGGAUGCUACCAGGAAUGAAGGGUGAACCCGGGACACCAGGACAGAAGGGUGAUUCUGGUGAGCCCGGUCCCCUAGGAGUCAUCGGUCCCCAGGGUCCAAAGGGCGAUCAGGGGCACAAGGGAGAUGAUGGGAAGAUAGGUCUUCCAGGGGGGAAGGGAGAGCCCGGGUUUCCAGGUGUGCAUGGACAAAAGGGUCAGCCUGGAAUCCCCGGUAUUCCUGGCAAGAGAGGCUACAGGGGGGAAAAGGGGGAGCCCAGCAUGGUAGGCAUGGGAGUCAAAGGAGAACCAGGGAUGCCAGGACCUCCAGGACCCAAUGGGUUCCAGGGUCAAAAAGGAGACCCAGGAUCAAAGGGUGAAACUGGGCCUGAGGGACCACCUGGGCCGAGGGGUCCUCCUGGUCCAGCCGGAGAGCCAGGGAAAUCUGAAAUGAUCGACACUAAUGAAAACUUCAAUGGAAAAAUAGAAACCCGGAAUCUGCCGUUAAUGGGCCCCCCAGGACCACCAGGACCCCCUGGAGUUUCUGGAGCUGCAGGCCCAAAGGGUGAAGUUGGAUUGCCAGGGGUUCCAGGUCUUGAUGGGGAAAAGGGCCCCAGGGGGAAGCCAGGAGAGACUGGACCCAUGGGUCCUGAAGGUCCCAAGGGAGAGAAUGGUAUCAUUGGAUUGCCUGGAUCCAAAGGGGACAAGGGAGGCAUGGGCCCCCCUGGGUCAGCUGGGCUAGAUGGUCCUACUGGAGAGAAAGGGACAGCUGGACCGCCUGGCCCUGUCGGAAUGCCUGGCUUGACGGGCCAGAAGGGUGAACCUGGAGAGAAGGGGGAAAGAUCUGAUGCAGUGUAUGGGCCACCUGGACCUCCAGGGCCUCAAGGGUCCCCAGGACCGCAAGGGCCCGUCGGUCCUAUGGGGCCUCCAGGACUAUUGGGUGUAAAGGGGGAGCCUGGCAUUGGCAUGAAGGGAGAGAAGGGAGGACCUGGGUUGAAGGGUGACAAGGGGGACAGAGGACACCUAGGAUUGCCUGGGGCUCAUGGUUUAGACGGAAAGCCUGGUCCAGUGGGUCUGACUGGACCAGUGGGCAUUCAAGGGCCAGCAGGACCAAAAGGUGUAAAGGGAGACAAAGGAGAUUCAGGCAUGCCAGGACCAAGUGGCCCACAGGGCAUCCAUGGUUCAGUAGGACCACAAGGACUGAAAGGCAAUCGGGGAGAGAGGGGCAAGAAAGGCAACAGGGGGGCCAAAGGGGAUAAGGGAGACCAAGGAGCACCUGGAUUAGAUGCCCCGUGUCCGUUGGGUGAUGAUGGCUUGCCAGUUCCAGGCUGUUGGAAUAAAGGUCAGAAUCCUUUUCAACUGGCCAAGAAGUAAGAGCGGAUGGAGAAUUUCUUGAAGAUAUCUUGCACACAGCCAUAUAAGGAAACCUGAAGAAAUCACAAGGUAUCUUUGAGUUUGCGCAGAUUUUCCACUGUGCAGGAGCUUUUGACAAGCAGCUUGAAAUGCAGGAUAUCUCCAGAUGGGGGCAGCAGUGAGAACACUGACUUCAGCAUCACCAAAGAAAAAAGCCAGGAAUUUCCUGUACUGAUUUUUUUUUCUUCAAAACAUCACAUAUAGAGAGCAACUGGGUUUUGGGUUACAAAUUUGUUCCUUGAGUUUUGUAUACCCUUUGUAUUGCUUUUUUUAAUUUUUAUUUUUAUUCACUAUGUGAAAGGAACAUUGACUUUUUAUAGUGUACUUUCCUGUUUGUGUUUAUCCAACAGUAAAGACUGUGAUCCAACAGUUCAGAGCAGCUUACUGAACAAGCAGAUGUCACCUUGGAUGCUCAAAUGUUUCCACCUGAAAAGUGCUUUGAUGAUUCCUAACCUAAUAAUCUGCUAUGUCCAACUGGCCUGGCAAAUGUAGUUGUCCAGUUACUGUUUAACUAUUUACCGACUGACAACAAUACCCAUCCAACAGAAAAAUGUGACCAUAUGCAGAUAUACUGUACAGCUUCAGCCGUAACAUACAUGGAUAGAUACACCAGUUUGUAUGAGUGGCACUCUCACAUGCACAUACACACACUUUACUCAAUGUCAUAAUAGCAGAAUAGAGAAAACGUGAAUUUUCUCUAUUGUGUAUUUUUAGAAUCAGUUUCCAGAUAUAUAAUGUUCUCCCCAGUUUUCUGUUGAUUUAUUAGCUAUGCCCUGUGUGUGGUAACAUGCAAGAGCCACUGGUUUAAAUUAGGCAGCUAAACUUGGUAUGAUCCAUUCUGACAUGUCCGUCUUAUAGUCAUAGGUAUAAUUGCAUUUCUGUAUCAGUUUAAAUAUUGAUGUCCUGAUGCCAUCAACCAUAUGGACAUAGAUACCGUUUUCAUGCCUCUCUCUCAGAUAUACACAGGACUGUUAUUCUGAUAUGACCGUAUAAGCAACGGUGGGCUCCUGGUUGAUGCGUCGUUAAUCAGCACCUUUGUCAUGCCUCUUUGGAUAAUGUGACCCACAAUUCACCAUUUCCCAGCCCUUCUAUGGCUUUGUAAGAUUGCUACCCUACUUCUGCAGUGGGGGUCCGGCCGGAUGUGUUGAGCCAGAUGAGCUAUUGGGACAUUCAUACAAUUUCAAGCCAUUUCAUAGCGCGAUACCAUGCCAGAUGUGUGAUUCUGAAGCCUACAUCCAAUUGAAUUUCUGAAGACCGCGAUGAGCAGCAUUACCUGGGAGAUCAUGUUCACUGCAGAUGUCAAGGAACUGAUGCCACCAAUAUUAACCCAUUUCUUCAACCUGUUUGCUCUGGUUAUCAUGUGGUACUCCUUAAUAUUGUGAAGCUCACAAUAUUAAUUCAAGUCAUGUUAUGUUCCCUCCAUCUCAAGCUCAAAAGAGGUUGCAGUGGUAUUGUACCAGAAAUUAUUAGGACAAGUGUACACUCUGACCUCUUAGUAUAACAGAAUAGAUUAAAUGAAUUAGGGACAAGCCAUUGAUACAUUAUUAAAACGACUGGGCAGAGCUCUUCACCAGACUUAACUGUCAACUUCCCACAAUCUGCCAGUUUUUGCCUGGAAAAUGUUUUCCACAGAAGCAUUCCUGACCAACUGUUCUUUGAACCUCCUUGAAUGACUUACCAAAGUGCAUAUCAUUAUUUAUUGUAAUACCAUAGUGAUACAGAGAUAAGAAUGGAAAAUGCUAUGUUGUGCAUUGUUAGGAUGCCUUUUCCUCAAUGAAUGUUUGUUGUUGUCUUAGCAGAAUAUGUAGAAAUGUUCAUUAUUCAGCUCUGAAUCACCACCGGGAAAAGGAAGAGGUAGACGUGGGUACAACUGUAACUGCCUUUUUCUAGAACAGCAGUACCUGCUGGACAGUACCGGGUAGGAGAAGGCUUACAAGCAGAACUGGAGGUGAGGUUUCAAACCCUGCAGUCUCAUGUUGUGAGGUUCUGUCGCCUGGAUCCCGUGAAAAGUUCUGCUUGUCAAUCUCCAUAUUUCCAAAUAUACCACAUGCAUUUGGUUUGAAUAUAACUGAAAAACUUUAUUGCACGACUGAAUCUUCAAAACCAAAUGCUACAUUGCUGCAAGCAUUUAGGUUUUUUUAUUAUUAACUACAGUACAUCUACAGUAUAAAUGUCACAUUCAGCAUCCAACUGUAAAUACCACAUAGAUUAUAGUACAGCUAUGUUUAUGGGGCUGAUAUAGUGUUUAGUGUGAUUGAACAGUAAGAUUUAGGUUAUUAGCUGUCACAUCUGUAUUAGAGGGACCCUUUGGAGCUGUUGAAAGCAGAAACGCAAAACAUUCAGUAGUGGCCUGAUUUUGGUUUUAUACCAUUUUAUAAGCUUGAUUGCAUCUGGAGAUGAUCAUUUAUAAUGCAGCUUUACAAAAUACAAAUAUAAUUCAAAUAUUCUUUUGUAACGAAUGUGUGUUAGACAGGGCUAGCUGACACAAAUGAAUGGCCAAUCAAAACUUUUAAGUCAUUUUUUCUCUGCUUCUGGCCUAUUAUUUGCAUAAAAACACCCCAUACAGAAUGUCAGAUCUAUGUCUUUUAUCCUUUUUAAACAUAGGUUCCUUUUUUUUUACCUUUUCACCCAGAAGUCUUUCACCUCGGAUCAAAUGACAAAGGGGCUGUUUUGCAGUUGUUGUUUUUACGAUGUCAAUACGUUUUUUGAAAGAAUUUGCAUAAAACUUGCAGGAACUGAAUCCACUCAAAAUACACCAUGUAUGUAUUUUUUAUUUUGUAUGACUUUUUUUUCUGAUAUUUUUGAUUGUAUAUUUAUAGUGUGCUCUCUAUAAUAUAGUGGGUCUCAAAAAUUCAAGAAUGCUAUUUGACUUUUCUUAGACAUUAAAUUAGUAGCUAAUCAGGAAUGGGUGCCCUUUGUGUCCAAUAGGCAGUGUUUACACUUGGUUUUAAAAUGUGUCUUAAGCUAUCGGAUCAUAAGCAGGCAGCCAGGGCACAUUGCCCUUUACGCCUGAAUCUGUCAGGCAUCUCCAAGGUGUCCAGCUGACCACUCGUGUUCAAAUUUAGUUACAAUUAUUCUGACAUGCAUUUCGGUGACCCAUUUAUCAUCACACUAAAAAGAUGUAUGGUGAAGUGCAUCCCAGACCACCUCAGUAAUUGGUUUGGGUGAUUGGAUCACAAUGUGCGUUGCUCAUCAUUUAUGCUUGUUCACUUGUGUUCUGAUCAAGCAAGUCACAUUUUUAAACCAAGUGUAAACAGAGCCUUAGAUAUCUGAAACUAGCUGCAACUUAAACUUCAUUAUCAAAAAAAAUUCAAAUAAUUUUACCAUAGAUUAUUUGAGUGAAAUGUACUGAUUGUGCAUUACCUCUUUAAAAAUGUUAACAUUCAUAAAUUUCGCGUUUCUUUUAGAUAGAGAGCGCACUGAUUUUAUAUUUUAUAUGGAAUUAUCUGUACCACAUACAGAAAUUAUGUAAUAUGACAUAUUUAUGUAGCUGAAACAUAUAUUUUACAGCACAGGGUUUGCAUUCUGCUUUCUAUGAAUUUUCUAUCACCUUAUGAAAGGUAUUUGUUUAUCCUGUCAUAUCAAAGACAGCAUACUGUAUACUGUCUGAACAUAACUUUUUUUUAAUCUUAAACAUAAAAUCAUAUUUACUGUGUAGCGAUCAAGGUGUAUAUUAUUCUAAACGCGCGUGAUACUUUGUAUAUUUUUUUUCCAUAUGACUACCUGAGAACAGAUCUGAGGGCAUUCAUUUAACGGCAGUGCGUUGGCAGUUCAACGUGUGAUGACCUGCAUGCUGAUCGAUGCUGUUAUCGAAUGCUGUCCAUUGCAUUUACCAAAAGCACACUGCCAACAUGUAUUGUUAUUGUUAUUUAAUCAAAAAUGUUUUUAAAACUGUAGGACAUGCUUAUCUAUACUCCGGUGAUUUCAUUAUAAAGCCACUCCAUGUAAUUUCCUUUUGCUGGUUUGUCUAUUCGGGAAUUAGCGGAAAAUAAUUUGAGAUUUAAAUUAUGUUUUUCUGAUGUGACACAAUCAGCAUCGUUAAGGCUGAACUGGUGAAACUGGUGGAGUUUUCUUUUAAAUUUUACUUUGUAGACAAAUAUUGUCUGCACGGUCCUUUAUUGAUUUAGUUUAGAAUCAAAUGUAAAUAUAUGUAUAGAUAUUUUUUCCAGAAAUGUCUUUUUUUUAUUUACUGAGGGCAGCUGAAAUGGUUAUGUGCCAACGACUGACUGUAAAAAAUAUCUAUUAAAAGAAUCUAUUGGCAAUUAAA